AUGGGUGUCGCCAAUACCCGAAUUGGGGGCGGAGGACGACAGGGGGCGCGCUUGCACGGGUCAGGGGCCGGCAGGGCCGACCCAGUCGGGGCAGAACGAGGACCCGGAGGAUUUGGUCUGCUGGGGGACAGGGGAUGGGGGGUCGCCGUGUGGGGGUCGGACGACGGGCGAAGGAUGAAAGGGCACACCCGGCACCUUCCUGAGAGAACUGAGGGCAGGAAGGGAAGGGGACGCGGGCUCCAGUCUAAGGAUGAGCAAGACCCAGGGCACGACCGUCGGAGCCUGGGGGGCAGGGGCGCAGGACGCACUUGUCCUGGAGGGUGGGUGGAUGUGGCCGAGGAGAGCUUGCCUGAGUCAGGGGCAGCGGGAGAGGGAGCUCGAGGUGCAAAGACCCGGGUUCGGGUUCGAGAGAAGGAGGGGCGGACGCGGGCCACCGUGCGGCCGGGGGCCCAGCCACCCCACAGAGCCCGGUGGUCACUCCAGCCUCUCCCCCAGGACAUUGCCCAAGCCUCCAAAGACGGGGCCAACCUCCUCAGCAACACCACCAGCAUGGGGCGCUGGGAGCUCGUGGGCUCCUUCUUCUUUUCCGUGUCCACCAUCACCACCAUCGGCUAUGGCAAUCUGAGACCCCACACCAUGGCUGCCCGCCUCUUCUGCAUCUUCUUUGCUCUUGUGGGGAUCCCGCUCAACCUCGUGGUGCUCAACCGACUGGGACAUCUCAUGCAGCACGGAAUAUACUCCUGUGCCCGCAGGCUGGGGGGCACCUGGCAGGACCCGGCCAAGGCGCGGUGGCUGGCGGGCUCCGGCACCCUCCUCUCGGGCCUCCUGCUGUUUUCUCCUCGGAUGAACCCCUCCCGGAGGUACCCAGUGUGGUACAAGAACAUGGUGUCCCUGUGGAUCCUCUUUGGGAUGGCAUGGCUGGCCUUGAUCAUCAAACUGAUCCUCUCCCUGCUGGAGACCCCAGGGGCGUCGUGUUCCUGCUGCCACCACAUCUCCAAGAGGAACUUCAAGUCCCAAAGCUGGAGGCAGGGCCCAGAUGGGGAGCCAAAGUCUUGUUCCCCACAGCAAGGCGGCUGUCCACAGGGGCCUACGGGAAGCCUAUGGCAUCUGGAAUCCUCUGCUUAGGUUGUGUGCGUUGGCAAGGCCAGCUAGUUAUACUCCAGUAUUUGUUUGAUCUUCCUCGUUGGUGACAAGACCCCUGAUUUUAAGCUUGACACAUGACUUCCUAGGCUAAAGACUAC